AUGGCAUCUGAGGAUAGGGGCGAUAAUAACCUAACUCCUCAAAGAUCUGAAGAGCCCCCAGAUUGCUUAACACAAGACUCACGGCCAACGACAAGUGUGAUAGCUGAGUUUGUUCAAAACACUAAAUAUGCUGACUUGGAUGAAAGCGUUAAGAUGACGGUGAAAAAUCUAAUUUUAGACUACAUUGGGGUGGCUUGUGCUGCGGUGGACAAAGCCGAGUCUACAGAGCCUGUGUAUCGCGCGAUCUCUUGUCUCCAAGCGAGUGACGGAAGGAAUACCGUUUUCAAAAAGGGCCAAAAGUUUCUACCGCAAUAUGCCGCGCUGUUAAACGGUUUUCUAGCCCACUCGCUAGACUUUGAUGAUACGUAUGCAGAAGGUGUCUUACAUGCUGGUGUUACCGCAAUCACGGCUGGGCUUGUCGCCAGUGAGGUCUUGGGUACUAGAGGGGAUGCACUGAUUGAGGCUGUUGCUAUUGGAUAUGAAGUCACAUGCCGCAUUGGAAGAGCUCUCGGUCACGGUGCAUACUCACGAGGAUUUCAUAAUACCUCUACUGCCGGCAUAUUUGGUGCUGUGGCUACCAUUUCCAAGGUCAAAGGCCUCUCCACUUCUCUCAUAGAAAUGGCGUUUGGGUUAGCAGGCUCUAAGCCGGCCGGAUCGAUGCAAUAUCUGGAGAAUGGAUCGUGGAAUAAGCGACUGCACCCAGGUUUCGCGGUUCAUGAUGCUUGGCUAUGCGUUUCUUUGGCCGAAUCUGGUGUCAUUGGCGCCGAAAAGAUCUUCGAAGGAAAAUUCGGUUUUUUCAAUGCAUAUACGCCAAAUAAAAUUAACUACGAGGAGCUGCUUGAUACCUUGGGUAGUGAAUGGGUUUUUUUAAAAACUAUUUGGAAGCCUUUUCCGGCGUGUCGCAUGACACAUGGGUUGAUUGAGGUAGUGGAUGAGAUCCGCCGCAAGUUUAGUUCGUCGUCAUCAGCCAAAGAAGUUAAGCAUAUCCAUGUAAGGUUGCCCUCGUAUCAAUACCCUAUCGUUGGGUUACCAACACCAAACAAAGUUCAUCCGUUGAAUAUUGUGGAUGCGCAAUUUUCCGCAUACUACCAAAUUGCCCUCUCGUGGCUGCAUGGUGGAUACAUUGGUUGGGCUGGGUAUGACUACCUGAGAGAUUCAAGUAUCCAUAAGCUCGCAGAAUGUAUCCAUAUUAUGGACGACCCUGGUCUGGACCGAUUGGAGCAAUAUAUUACUCUGGAGUUCACAGAUGGCACGGUUGUUACCAAACAUAUUAAGCCAAAAGACGAUGGUGGGGCAGGUGAUUCGUCGCGAGAAAAGAUUGCAGCGAAGUAUCUGGGGUUGGCCGGGCCUGUCUUUGGUGAGGAAGCAGCCAGGAAGAUCCAGAAUAUUGUAUACACCCUUGAAAGGUAUCACGUGUCCGAGCUUAUGGCUUUAGUUCAGUAG